CUGUGUUUCAACCUUUUGUCAUAUACAGGUAAAACAUUUACGCUCCACUGUCGUAGGCAUUCGAGCGGAACAUAACAUGUCAGUGCACAAUUGUGUCUUACGAUAAAUAUAUCAUUCAUCUGAUGAAAUUGCAAUGAUUUAAAAAUCCAAUAGUGAUAUAUCUUUUUAUGUCAAUAGCUAUCAACGAAUUCCAUUAUGAGCACCAAGGGUUAGCAUCGCAACCACGUGUGGUCAUCUGACUUAUUUUUCAUUGGUACCCUCGGAAAUUUGAUCACGUAACCGAGUUUUUGUUGUUGCUGCUGUUUUUUUCCUAUUGGCAGUGUCGACCUGAGGACCAGCGACGUUUUGUUUAUGUACAGGACAGUUUUAAUUUAGAUAUGGCUUCUACAAUGAAUACCACGAGACGUGCAGCGCUAGUUUGUAUUAGUCUGUUAGAAAUAUUCCUUUUCGGAGGAAUGCAGUUUGGAUGGUUUGCCCUUGUUUUUAUACUAAAACAGGAGGACUUGUUUAAAUAUCUGUGUGUUCCGAGCGGUGACAGUAACUCUACUGGAGUAAACUCACAAAAUGAAGACUGCUUUCGCCAAGACGAACGAUUCAAUUUAAUCUUCAGUGUUGGAAAUGCUGUACUAACUGUGGGAACAGUUGUCAAUGGAAAGUUAUUCCUAUCCUUUGGCAUUAAACGAAUACGCAUGCUUUAUAUAUCAAUGGCUGUAGGCGGAAUUUUAUUCUUCGCUUUCGCAUCACCUGAUAAUCCGUGGCUCUUACUACCCGGCGAAAUAAUGGUGGGGAUGACAGGUGUGUCUUUAUUGGUGUCAAACUUCAUACAGGUGCCGUUUUUACUGCCGAAAGGUUCCUCAAUAUACAUUGGCCUUCUGAAUGGGUGUUAUGACUCAUCCGUUCUCACCUUUAUGCUGGUCAAGAAACUGUAUGAAGGCGGGAUAGAUAAGCAGUUCUCCUUUAUUGGUCUCGCCAUUCUUUUGAUCGUGAUUUCCGGUGUAUGUACACUGUUACAUCCCUCACGAGAGCCUCACACAACUAAUACAAAUAAUUCAGUUUCCAAGGACGACAGCAUUAAAGAUGAUGACGUCAACGGUUGCCAGGAAGUUGUACAGACCACUCCUGAUCCUUCAUCAGAAAUCAAAUCCGUAGGAGACAUACUCCGCCAUCCUCUCUUCAUUUCCCACGUGGUAUGGAUCAGUAUCGUGAUGUUGAAAUACAUCUACUUUUUAGGAUCAGCAAACAGAAUGAUGACGCAACUCCUCAGAGAUGAAAGUCGAGUGAGCUAUUUCUCUGAUGUCAUGACGUUUACAAUGAUUGGCAGUUUGUUGUCAUCUUUCAUCGCCGGGUAUACGAUACACGCGAUGGAGAAACCGUUUACGGGAAGUAUGAGGAUGGUGAUCCCCCUUGCGAUGACGUCAUGUUUAGCUAUCUUCCUGUCUGCCCUGGCAUUCGUACCAGAACCGCCAGUCCUGUACGUCGAUUUUAUUGUAUUGACCUUCCUUCGGUCUUUCAUGUAUACCACAAACAUGGACUUCAUCAGAGUCGCAUUUCCUUUGAAGUACACGAGUAUGAUAUUUGGUCUUGUGAUGGCUAUUUCUGGAAUUCUGACGAUAACACAAUAUGGUCUGUUCGACUGGGCGGAGAAGUAUGAUGAGGCAACGAUAGAUGUGAACGUGUUCCUGUUGUGUCUAUCUAUCGUCUCCCUGGCUCAUCCCAUUGUCGUAUUCUACAGAGAGAAGUCAAAAUCAUCAUGUAUUUAGAGAGAGAGAGAGAG